UUCGUGCUGUCAUUGCUUAAUAAUGCCUCCGAGUCUGUAAUUUGAAAUUAUAUCCACACAAAGUCAUAAAUGUAUCAAAAUUGGAUUCUCCCCAAAGAGAAAAUGCUUGUUACCAUCAAGGAGCUUCUUGACGCUCUUGGAAGUAGUUUAGACGCCGACACGGUGCUUGAGUACAUUCAGAACGACCCCAACUAUGGCAACAGCAAUCUCUCACCCAAGCAGGUGAACGAGUACGCGCAGAAAUUAGCCCUGAAAGUGUCCAAUUCAAAGGCUUUCCUUAAAAAGUAUGAAGAGCUCAAAAACAAAAACACUGAUAAUUUACCAGACAUCAUCAUGCUAUUCUACAAGCUGAUAAUUGAGGAGAAACGGACUAAGAGCUCAAAGCCGAAAGUAGCACCAAAGCCUAUUCUGGGGGACAACAAACACCAAAUCACCAAGGAAGACCUGCCUCAGAUCAAAGACAAACUACUCAAAGCAGUAGAUGAAAGUAAGAAGUUCAUAAACUUGAAGUCAUUUGAAGAGAAGGAGGCACAGUCCCGGCUGCGUCCCAACUGGUACAACAGUCUGGACUUGCCCAACUGGCAGAAGGACCAUCCGGCUAUGUCAUGGGAUUUCCCCAAGGAGCCUGUCCCUAUCACUGCUGCAUUGGCCGGCGUGCCCCUAUCUUCCCAAGAGAACAUGAUAAUAGACGACCUCCUGUACGUCUUCUCCGGUGUCCCCGGCAACUACAUAGUCCACCAGCCAACCAAAGACACCUACGAGCCCAGAACCUUCACCAUAUCUGAAGACUUGGACGAUGCUCUGAAGCAGAUAGUGCAGCAGAUGUUACCGCUGGCGAGCAACUAUUCUAUAGUGAGGAGGUUCAUCGAGCACUGUGAUAUGUGGUCUGGACAAGUGCUUCAUGCGUUGGUUGCUGCUAUUGAGAUACUGUUGAAGGAUUAUUAUACUAUGCUAGCCCAGUUGGAGACGGAGCAGCUGUCGGGCGGGCUGACGCUGCAGAAGCUGUGGUACUUCAUCCUGCCCACCAUGCACACUAUGCAGGUCCUCGCUGCCAUCGUCACGCACAUCGGCCAGAGUGAACUCCGCGGUGGCAGCGUACUGACGGCUCUCCACGACAAAACCAACAAGCUACUAGGAGACACCCGCGCCCAGGAGAUCUCGCUGUUCCUCACGGAGCGAGCCUGCAGGCCCUUCUUCUGCAUCCUGGACCAGUGGAUCCACAAGGGAGUCAUCGUGGACCCGUUCCAGGAGUUUAUGAUAGAAGACAAUGAGCUGGUAAACAAGGAGGAGCUCCCUGUCGACUACUCGGCCGACUACUGGGAGAAGCGGUACAGCGUCCAGAAGGACCCCGUGCCCAAGUUCCUGGACAAGUACACCGACAUCAUACUCCGGACCGGGAAAUACUUGAACGUCAUCAGCCAGUGCGGCAAUGCCAUAAUGAAGACCAACGUAGAAGAAAUAAAAUACUCUCUAAUAGAGCAGAACUACAGCGCUGUAGUCCAGAAGGCGUUCGCAUUCGCCAGCAAAUCGCUCCUAGAACUGCUUCUCAAAGAAUACGAUCUCAUGGGACGCCUCAAGUCGGUCAAGAAUUACUUCUUCAUGUGUCAGGGGGACUUUAUAGUGCAGUUUAUGGAUGCUACGGAGCAAGAGCUGUCGAAGAAAAUAGAUGACAUUAUACCGUCCAAGUUGGAGUCGCUGUUGGGACUUUGUUUAAGGCUGUCAGCGGCCAGCCACGACCCAUACAAUGAGGACAUGCGGGUAGAGCUGCUGCCCUACGACCUGCAGUUCCAGAUGUUCAAGAUACUCUACAUAGAGACGGAGGAUGAGAACGAAUACAAACAGAACAAGGACAGCCCGCCUCUCACCGGUAUAGAGACCUUCACCUUCGGGCUCGAAGUGAAGUGGCCCGUCUCCCUCAUCCUCAACCACAAGGCCAUCGCCUGCUACCAGAUGAUAUUCCGACACCUGUUCUACUGCAAACAUGUUGAGAGGCUGCUCUGCAAAGUGUGGCUGUACAACAAGGUGGUGAAGCGUUUCUCGGAAGCACGCCUGUACGCUGACGCCUUCGCGCUACGCCAGCGUAUGCUCAGCUGCAUACAACACCUGCAGUACUACAUGUGCGUCGAGGUCAUCGAACCCUCCUGGUGCCAGCUCAUACAGAGCCUUGAGAAGGUGAACAACGUGGACGAGGUUCUGGAGCGGCACAGCGACUUCCUGGAGCAGUGUCUCGGAGACUGCAUGCUCACCAGCCCGCAGCUGCUCAAGGCCGUCACCACUCUAUGCCAAGUGUGCGUGCAGUUCUGCGCGUUCAUACAGGAGAUGCACAAGUACUUCGUGGACGCGGAGCUAAACAGUAUGCUCGGAUCGACGUAUGACAGCUCAGACUGUAGCGAGGAGCCGGGCUGCGGCGGGCCGGGCGCGGGCGGCUGCGCGGACUCGUUCUCGCGCUCGGUGGCGCGCUACGCGCUGCGCUUCACGGCCGCGCUGCUGUCCGUGCUCGCCAUCACCGACCAGCUGGUCAGGGACACCAACGCCAACAAGCUGCUCAACAUCUCCUCCAGAUUGAACUUCAACACGUACUACGCGAAGCAGCUGGAGAAGUUCUGCAACGACGACAAGGUGCUGGACGAGAAGAAGGCCCCGGCCUCCUAGCAGCGGGCCGUGCGCUCGCACAGCAAGCUCAUCACCCCCGUGUGAACAGUUCACCACUCAUGUGAACAUUGAACACUAGCGACCGAUGCUGAACAAAAAAAUUACAAGUAUUUCACAGUUUUCCAAUUUGUUUGUGUUAUGCUGGAUGAGAAGAAAGCUCAUCACGCCAGUGUGAUGUGCCACUAAUGUGAACAGUAGAACACUAGCGACCGAUGCUGAACAAUUACUCUUUUUAAAAAGACGGUGACAUAUUUUGUCGUUAAAUUAAAAAAAAAUACAACUGCGUUUUCACAUUAUCCGAUCCGAUGUCGGAUGUAGGAUCGAAUCCCUUAUAUUUCAGCCGCUAUCUUUGAUUUUUAACCCCCGACGCAAAACGACGGGGUGUUAUAAGUUUGACGUGUCUGUCUGUGGCUGUGUGGCAUCGUAGCUCCCGAACGGAUGAACCGAUU